UAAAAAUUUACCGGCACAUUUUCUACACUGACAAACAACUAUGAAAUCUAUACUGAGAUAUCAGGAAACAAUGGGGCAAAUAAGUUAAAUAAGCAAACGCUGAUAGAUAGGCCUAUAGACUAUUCUUGAUGUCUAAAAAAGAAACGUCUUCUGCCAUUUUAAAACAAUGUUUCUCGGUUCGUGAGGGAAGAAAAUACUUAUUAAAAAGACGGCUGGUAAAGCAUUAAAGGAUGAACCAAGUAAUCUCCUUUUCCAUACUGCUGUUUUCUGUUAUUAGUUUAACAGAUGCCGUUGACGGCAAACAUGUUUUCAAUUUGACAAUUGAAGGAUAUGAAAAAGAUUGUGUGAACUAUAGUUGCCGCUACACAGGCAAAGUGCUGGCAAGUUUUUCUUCUACACCUAUAAUCACAGAAUUUAAAUUUGAAGAUUGCAUGGAAGUAACGAUCUAUUCAUGCCCUAAAGGCCAGACAUGUGAUGAAGACACUUGGGAGCCGUAUUGCUUCGUUUUCGACUAUCCUUGUGGAGAAAAAAAGUGCCGUAAAGUAAAGCAUUCAUGCUAUUGUACUUAUGGAAAUCCUACAAAAAUUAAGUUCUUUCCUGUGUAUGAAAACAGAUUGUAUCAGAUGAAGUUAAAGUAUUUUUAUGAUGUUCCCAGGGACGUACCCAUGCUGAUCGCUUCAGGCAACAUCUUCGAUUUCUCCAAGAAGCCAGAUAAUUGGGACCCAAUUGAAAAGUAUCCAGAUAAGCCAUUUUAUUACUAUUCGAACAAUGGAAAACAUCAGCUCAAAGCAGAGUUAAUCGUCAUUGGCAUCGGAGCUCUGUCUGCCUUCUACCUGGCCAAGUAGUUUGAUAAAUAAGAUGGAAUUUGAUAUGCAAGUCCUAAUAAUCUAAGAUUGUAGAAAACAGUGGAUUUUAGCUCCGUUUUAAAUAUGUUUAGAAUGUAGGCCUACUUAAAAAAAAAAACAUCUAAAUGUUAAAAGUUUAAAAACUGGUAGAUAGUAUGGGGGAAAAUUAUCAAAGAAUCAUAACCGUAUACAUUGAAACGGUAACAUAAACUUUACUUUUUAAUUUUGAACUAAACUGUAUAUCAUUUUAUGUAGUAUAAACAAAUUAAUUGUAUACAAAACUGUAAGGAAACCUUUCAAAACUUAGAAUAAACUG